AAAAAAAAAACACAGCACACACAGAAGAGUGUGUAAGAUAGUUGGCUAAAUCCUCCACUGCUUAGAAAGCAUUUGCAUUUUACAACUUGUCUAGAGAAGGAAAGCUUCCCGGAUCUGUUAACAAUAACAGCCAGAGGACAGAACCCUAGGAGACUGUAUGCUUGAUCCGUCGUCAAAGUCUUUGUCGUCAUAUAGGAUACAGGAUGGGAGCUGGGACUUCUGCAGAACAGGUAGCUGACAAGCCCAAGGAAGAACAAGCUGAACAAAGCAAUGACCUGGGGCAAGAGCAGCAGGAUGGCCAAGGGGUGGAAGUGGACGCAGCCUUCGAUGUCAAGCUUCUACAUAAGAAUGGAAAAAUUGCAAUACUUAAUGGAACAUCUGAUGGAGAAGAGACCGUUGAAGUGAUCAUACAGGAUGAGGAUUUAAAUGGAUUUCAGGAGGAAGUGGUAGCAAAAGAGGUUGAGCAGACAGAGCCUCCAAAAGUGAUAUUGAAUGGGGAACAAGAGGAAAACAUGGAAGUUGCUCCUAUUGAUAACGUUUCAAAAGAGAAAACAAAGGAAGAUGGCCAAGCCGAGACAGCAGAAAUCAAUGCUAUAACACCAGUGUCUGAAGAAAAAGCAGAGUCUCCAGAACAAUCAAAUGAAAAUCAAUCAAGUGAAGUGGGGUUCAAAAAAGUGUUUAAAUUUGUUGGCUUCAAAUUCACUGUAAAAAAGGAUAAAACUGAAAAAUCAGAACCUGUACAACUCUUAAAUGUAAAAAAAGAUGACGCUGAAGUAAAUGGCACAUCCGGUCAAGAAGAAAAUAUCAGUGCUGCUGAAGAAGGAAACAAAGAGACACAGCAGGAAACCAAAGAAGAUCUCCAGCAAGCAGAAAGUCCAGAUGGGGCUCCACAGCCUGUAGAAAGUCCAGUUGAAGUACCAGAGGAGGUACAAAUAGAAGAAGAAUCACCAGAGACGGAAAAGAAAAAAGAAUCAGAACCAGAAGUGGAAAAAGAUAAAAAGUCUCCAGAGUCUCCAACAAACACAGUUGUCGCUGAAACCUCUUCCCCGUUUAGGAGAUUUUUUACACAAGGAUGGGCAGGGCUGAGGAAAAAGACAAGUUUCAAAAAAUCAAAGGAAGAAGAUCCUCAGGAAGUAGAGAAACACAUUAAAGUUGAAGAGCAAGAAAUGACUGAAGCAACAGAAGCUGUAAAAGAGGAGGGCGAAGCAGAAAAGGAAACUGUUGAAGAGCAGGCAGUAGUACAAGAGGAAUUAAGUAAAUCUGAAAGUGAAGAACCAAAGUCCCCUAAAGAGGAAGAUUCUCAGAUCUCUCCUGAGGAAACCAAAGCAGAGAAAGCGCCAUCUGAUCAACCAGAAAACCAAAAACCAGAAGAAACUGUGAAAGCAGACGAGGGUACAAUGCAGGUAUCAGAAGACAAAGAAAAUGCUCCUGAAAUUGUUACAUCUGCAUUGAGUAUCUCAAGUGAGGAAAAGGCUGAAAUCGAUACCUUGGAAAUUAAACCUGAAAACCAAAUAACCGAUGUACUUAGUCCAUCCUCAGUUGAGGUAACAAUUGAAUCACAGCCAGAAGUAGCACCCAAAACUGAAGUACCUGCAAGCGAUCAAUCUGAGUUGCAUUCCAGUACUGAAAGUGCUGACCCGGAAAAAGCACAAGAAGUAAUUACAACAGAAGCUGAACUGUUAUCCUCUCAAGAGAAGGUUAAAGCUCAAAGCAGUCCUUUGAAAAAGCUUUUCAGCAGCUCUGGCCUAAGAAAACUGUCAGGAAAGAAGAGCAAAGGAAAGAAAGAUGAUGAUGCUAAGGCGGACGUGACCACAGAACCUGCACCUGGUUCAUCUGAGUCACCAGAGGCUGCAGAAGUAAAUGGUGGUGAUAGCUCAGCCUCUUCUCCUGAUGAGUCAGCAGAGACUUCUCCAACAGAAAAGCCAGUAGAGGAAGAACCACAGGCGGCAGACUUGGAAGGUGAAGGAGCAACAUCUGAUGGCGAAAGAAAAAAAGAUGGAAUUAUGCCAUGGGCCUCUUUUAAAAAGCUUGUCACUCCAAAGCGACGUCCAAAGAGACCAUCUGAAAGUGAUAAAGAGGAUGAAGUUGAAAAAGCCAAAACCUCAACUUUGUCCUCUACCGAUAGUGGAGGUUCAGUUGAAAAUCAGGAAGAAAUCAAAGAACCCGGUGAAGAACAAAAACUUGAAAAAAGUACAGAAGAAAAUAAAAAGAAAGCUGAUAGUUCAGUUUCAUGGGAUGCCUUAAUAUGUGUUGGCUCUUCUAAAAAACGAGCUAGAAAGACUUCAGAUUCAGAUGAAGAGGAAAUUCAGAGAUCUCAGGAGGAAAGCAAGAAAAAUGAGGGAGAAACCGUACAAACUAAAGAGCCUGAAUCUGAAAGUCCACUCACAAGUUCACAAGAACAACAGGUUCAAGAAAGCCCAUCACCAGAUCAGGCUAGUAGCCCUACAGAAGGAGAUGGGGUAUCGACUUGGCAAUCAUUUAAAAGACUGGUUACACCUAGACGGAAAUCAAAAACUAAAGCAGAAGAGAAAACUGAUGAAACUGCUGUAGUAUCUAAUCCAGAACAGUCUACCUCAGAGGGUGAAGGCAGCAAGGAAGAAUCUUGGGUAUCAUUUAAAAAGUUGAUACCCGGGAGAAGGAAGAAAAGAUCAGAUGCCAAACAGGAGCAGGCUCCCCUCAGUGCUGAUCAAGUGGUACAUGAAAGUGCUGAAGAGGACUCAGAUGAACCUGCAGUAGUUCCUUUGGCUGAGUUUGAUGCAGCUGAGCUAGAAAAACUAAAUGCCCAGAAGUCUGUUGUAGUAUCUGGUGCUGCUGAUGUUUUAGGUGAGCAAAAAGAGUCACUUGAAAAUCCCAGUGAUGAACUUAUUCACGCAGUUACAGUGACUUUAAUAGAGGGAGAAAGGGCAGUCACUAGUCUUGAAGAAAGGGCUCCAUCCUGGAUUAGUGCAAGGGUUGCUGAGACUAUUGAGCAUGCAAAAGAAGUUGAAGAAGCCACAGAAAAGAUUAAAACUGAAAUUACUGUUGAAGAAACUGUGGUGUUUAGCACAGUUUCACAAGUUAUGGCAGAAACGCAAAGUACUUUAAUGAAUGAAGUUGAAUUAACAUCAGAAGCUUUAACUGCUCUGGAAGAGGCAAUCGAAACAUCAUGCGCAGAAGAAACUACUGAAAUGCUGUCUGCUGUUUCACAAUUAGGUGAAUCAGUUUUGUCUACUGAGCAAGCUACACCUGUGCCAGAAGAUGAUGCAAGUGUACAAACUCUACAAGAACAAAAACAGCUCACUGAUAAUAUAUUACAUGCUGUUGCGGAAAGUGCAAAACUUUCCUUCGAAACUAUAAACUCAGAAAGUGUUAAUGUCUCACCUGAUGUAAAGGAAGAUUUACAGGAAAAAAACCUGGAACAGCGUGCUACUACUUUGACUAGAGACAUUUUUGCCGAACUUGUAGAGAAUCAAAAGACUGCUACCAGUGUGGUGGAAGAGCAGAUUGAGGAAGUCAUCAUUACUGUUACCAAGAAAGUGACUGAAUGCAUCACAACUUCUUUAGAUGAAACUGUACAAGUUAGAUCUGUGGAAAAGCUUAGUGAGUCUACUGUGGAACAAACAACGACUGUUGAUAAAGAUGAACCUGUCUCUGAGAAGCCCAGUGAAAGUGUCUGUGUUUCUGCGUAUGAUCAGGAUACACAAUGUGCCUACAUAUCAACUGAUGAGAAAGAUGACAAACCUGUUUUAUAUGCAACUCUUGAGAAAUCAGGUGAAGAUUUAAAAAAUUCUGCUGAAGUCCAAGUGACAGAAGAAACCUUAGAUAGUAGUGAGACAAAAGUAGUGGUUGAAGAACAAUUUACAGAGCUUGAGACUGCUUACAAUGAGCUGUCUUCUCAAGAAAUAGCAGACCCUUUAAAAGGAGAACAGACUGAAGAAUAUGAUUCCAAUUCUGUUUCUCUUUUGGCUAAGGAAUCUGAGGUUGAUAUUCCAACUGUAGAUGUGCAGGCUGAAAUGAGUGUCCCAAUCUCAUCUGACAAAGAAGCUAAAGAAUGUAAUACUGUGUCAUCUAAGCUGCAAGAAGAUGUUAUUGUUGCAUCAGAUGUGAAGCAUGUUCAAGAACCUGCCCCAAUAUCAACUGAGCUACAAUUUAAAGAUGUUGCUCCUAUGUCACUAGAGACUGAGCCAGAUGUGCAGAAUGAAGAAGGUGUUCCAGUGGCUACUGAGGUGACAGCCCAAGAAGUUGCUCCUGUGGUAGAUGAAAUGAAAGCUGUGGCAUUUGAAAUGAAAGCUGAUGAAAGUUUUAUUGUGGCAACUGAAUUGGAACUUAAAAAAGAAGGUGAUCUGGUGCUACUUGAGGUGCAAACUGAAGAAGUUGCUCCUGUGUUAACUGAGAUGAAGGUUGAAGAAAGUACUACUUUGCCAACUGAGUUGAAGGCUGAACUGAGUGAUACUGUGUCACUUGAGGCACAAUAUGAAGAAAGUGCCCCUGUGUCAAUUGAAGUGCAUACUGAAGAAAGUUCUCCUUUGCUGCCUGAGUCGCAAAUAAAAGAGGUCACUUCUGUGCCACCUGAGAUGCAGACAGAAGACGGUGCUCCAGUGCUAGCUGAAGUGAAGGCUGAAGAAAGUUUUGCUGUGCCAUCCAAAGUACAGACAGAAGUAGGUGCUUCUCUGGUAGCUGAGGUGAAGGUUGAAGAAAGUGAUACCAUGACACGAGAGAUGCAGGCUGAAGAAUGUGCUCCUGUACCAUCUGAGGUGCAGAAUAAAGAAACUGCUCCUGUCCCAUCUGAGAUGCAGGUUGAAGAAACUGCUUAUGUGCCAUCUGAAGUGCAGGUCAAGGAAGCUUCUCCUGUGUCAUCUGAGGUGCAGGUUGAAGAAACUGCUUCUGUGCCAUCUGAAGCGCAGGUCAAAGAAGCUGCUCCUGUGUCAUCUAAAGUGCAGGUUGAAGAAGCUGCACCUGUGCCAUCUGAGGUGCAGGUUGAAGAAAAUGCUCCUGUGCCAUCUGAGGUGCAGGUUGAAGAUGCUGAUUCUGUGCCAUCUGAGGUGCAGGUUGAAGAUGCUGCUUCUGUGCCAUCUGAGGUGCAGGUUGAAGAUGCUGCUCCUGUGUCAUUGAAGGUGCAGGCUGAAGAAGCUGCUCCUGUCCCAUCUGAGAUGCAGGUUGAAGAAACUGCUUCUGUGCAAUCAGAAGUGCAGGUUGAAGAAGCUGCUCCUGUGCCAUCUGAGGUGCAGGUUGAAGAAGCUGCUCCUGUGCCAUCUGAGGUGCAGGUUGAAGAAGCUGCUCCUGUUCCAUCUGAGGUGCAGGUUGAAGAUGUUGCUCCUGUGUCAUUGGAGGUGCAGAUUAAAGAAGCUGCUGCUGUGCCCUCUGAGGUGCAGGCUGAAGAAUCUGCCUCUUUGCCAUCUGAGGUACAAAGUGAAGAAUCUGCUUCUUUGCCAUUUAAAGUCCAGACUGAAGAAGCUGUUUCUGUGCCACCUGAGAUGCAGGUUGAAGAAGAUGCUCCUCUGCUAUCUGAGGUGCAUGCUGAAGAAACUUUUUCAUUGACAUCUGAGGUGCAGGUUGAAGAAGUUGCUCUGGCACUAUCUGAUGUGCAAGCUGAGGAAACUGCUUCUGUGCUAUUUCAGAUACAGGCUGAAGAAGCUGCUCCUGUGCUAUCUGAGGUUAAAGCUGAAGAAACCGCUCCUGCACCAUCUGAAAUUCAGGCUACAGUAGAGGUUACUGUGACAGCUGAGAUGCAAGCUGAAGAUGUUCAAGUAUUAACAGAAAUGCAUACUGAAGAAGGUUUCCCUGUUUUGGCUGAGCCUCAAGCUGAAUGUGUUCCUGUUACAUCUGAAGUUCAGGCUGAUAAAGAUACUUCUGUGCUGAAUGAAGUUCAGGCUUCAGAAGAUUCAAAAGUGACAGAUGAGGUGCAGGUUGACGAAGGUGCUCCUAUGUUAACUGAAGUGCAGACUGCACAAGAUGCUUCAGUGACAAUGGAGGUUCAGGUCGAGGAAUGUGUUCCUGUGUUGGAUGGAGAAAAUGUACCUCUUCCUACUGAGGUUCAGACUGAAGAAGGUGGCCCUGUGUCAGCUGAGGUGGCUACUGAGCAUGUCCCUGUGUCAGAUGAGUUUAAAGCUGUAGAAAGUGUCUCUGUUACCAAGGAAGAGCCGGGAGAGUGUACUGCCUUGUCAAGUGAAGUAAAGAUAGAAGGUGUUCCUGUUUUGCCUGAGGAACCAGCUGAAAAAGACUUUGCGGCAUCAACAGAGCUACAAGUUAAAGAAAGUCACCUUAAAUGUGUUGAAGGUAAGGCUGAAGAAGCCAUAAAUAUGUCAGAUAAAGUUGACGUGGAAGAUAUUACUCCUGGAUUAGUUGAAGAAGUAGUAUUAGUCGAAGAACAGGCUAAAGAAGAAGUGUUGGUUGAGGAAGAUGUUCCAGUUUCAGCUGAGUUGCAGGAUACCAAAGAUAUUCCUAUUUCCGGACAGGCUGAAGUAAGCAAUCAGGGACAGAUUGAAGAAGGUGUAACUACAUUAGUCGAAAAGAAGGUUGAUGAAGAUGUUGUGCCAGAUGAACUGACAAAUGAAUGUGUUUCUGAUGUGCAGACAGAGAACUUGGAGCAGAUUGAAGAAGGGAUCCUAGUAAGUGCCAUGGAAAAAGUUAUUUGUUUUGUGGAUGAUCAUUUUGACAGUACUGGUACCACAAGCGAGCCGAUCCAUGUUGAAGAUACAAAAGCUCUGGAUGAGGAAACAAAGAGGGCAGUGGAAUUUACCAUUGAACAGCAUGAAGAUAAAUGUGAAUCUGGGUCCCUAAGUAAUGUAGUUAAUCAGUUAUCACUGAUUGAAGAAGUCAAAGAAGUAAGAGAGGAAUUAAUCACGACUGACAUCCCAGAGUUUGAAACUUCAGAGGCUAGCAAUGUAUCUGAGACAGUUACAGCUGCUGCAGUAGAAGAAAAGAUGUUAGAAGAGACUGUUAAACCUAUUGAAACACCAUCAGAUUGCAUACAGCUUAUUGAAAAGCCUGACCUUAAUUUACAGUCAGAAGACCACACACAAAAUCCAGAGGAGGCUCCAACCUUAGUGGCAUCUGUUUCUCAAAAGGCUGCAGCUAUUGUAGAUGCUGCAAUUGAAGCAGCAACAAAUUGUUUUGUGGUAGAUGCAAGCAGCCAAGAUGAAACACCUAAAGGCAGUACUGUAACACACCAAACAGAAGAAACUAUUGUAGAAUCAAACAACACUAAAACCAGUAUUACCACUACUGUACAUAUUACAGUUGCGACAACAGUGGAAAAAGUUAUAGAAAAAACGAAUGAUCAUGAAUGUGUCAGCACUGAAAGACAGAAUCAGGAAGAUGAAUUUGUUUCCCAAGUUCAAGAACCUGUACAUGAACCAAUAAAUGUCCUUAGUACUUCAGCACAAACCAAAGGAAUUGAAACAGAUGACGAAAAUAAACCAUCAACCCAAGAGUGUGUCGUCAUUCCAUCUACUGAUUUGGUGGACUCCGGACCAGCAGGGACCACACUUAACCUGGAGGAAGAAAGCAAACCCUCUUCUAUCAGCAUUCAGGAAGAUAUCCAUAAAACAUCCGUCCAGUCAGAUUCUCCUUCUACAGAUACCCAAGAAAAGGCACGGCCUGUGGAAUCCUGAGAUUGAAUGGUUUCAAGAAGCAAUACCGAAGAGAUAAGAAUGUGAAAACUGUAAUGUGAAAAAGCAGAUUUUGAAGAAUGGAGCGCAUCAGCCCUCACUAAAAUAUGCGACAAUCCUGAGGUUUCACCGGGAGCUUAAUUCAGAAAUUGUCCCCCAGUUUCAAUAAAUGUUCUCCUCAAGGCUUUCCUGUAUUCUUGAUUGAAAGGCUAAACUGUAACACAACACUAGGGAGCUGUAUUUCCAAUUGCCUUUCGAUGGUGUGUGUGAUAUUAAAGCGGUUUUCCUAAGUUUGGCUUAAAGCUGUAUGUUUAGAGAGUACAAAUAUCUGAACGUAUACUACCAGUGUUCUAAAAUCUUGUAAACGCGUUCAGAAACGAUGGGGGACACCUUGUGUAUUUGUUUAUACCUAUUCUCCACUUUAUUGUAUAUUUUCUUUUUCAAGUACCGGUAUAUAUGUAUUAAAGAAGAACAAAACAGCAAACUAACCAUGCAUACAAUGCCUGUUAACCAGAGAUAACUGCAUGUAAAAAAAACAAUUAAAUAUAUCUGCAGCUUUCCUUUAAAAAAGGACAAUUUCUUUAACCAAAGCUUGACUUUAAUGCUAAAUUUGGAGAAAGCAGGAAUUGGUUUGCUGUUUUAUAGUCUUCUUAAGAAAGUUACUGGCUUAAGAAAAGAAUCUGUAGAAGUUAUUGUUUACGGUGACAUUUAAAUUAUUACUCAGAGUUAUUAUAAAUAAUACAUACCUAUAUAUUAAGUGCACUAUACAAUUUAUUAAGACACAUUUUCAGCCUCUUACUUUAGCUUCCUUUCUGUAGGUCACAUAGAUGAUCUGUGUAAGUGCGAGUUUGCGCCUAAACUAUUGGUGAAAAAAGUGACUACCAUAAAACGUACUUUCGCAGUUUUUCUUUGCGUUUUUUUCUUUGAUGGUUCUUGCAGCCUAAGCAGGGAACCUUUUUUUUCUAAUCUGGAAGACUUUAAAUUGGCUUGAUAGCACCAUUUAGGAUACUGAUCUUUUUUUAAUGUAUUUUCAUUAUGCUUCUGUACAUUUUUGCUAAACUGGGAUUUAUAAACUAUGUAAGUUUAAAUAAAAACUUUUGCUUUUA